AUGGCGCUCCGCCCAUCUCUCCUGUCUCGACUCGGGCACUUGAGCAUAAACUCAUCCCUCCUAUCUCAGAUGAAAGCUUCGACUUCCACAGCCUCAACCCUUCGCAGCGCGCAAAACUCCCUCACAAAGCGCUCCAUAACAACCUCUCCGUUCCAGCGAAGCGGUACCAAGAACCAAUUCCAAGUCCCAAGCCGACCAUUCGCGCGCUCUCCCUUCUCAAAACAAAACGCAAACCCCGCUCGGCGCUUCAACUCAACCAAAAAUAAUGGUAGCAGUAACAGUAACAAAACCGGUGGCAACGCAGAAAAAGAAGACGGGUCAAUCUCUCAACGACUUCGCAAGUUAUCACGGGAAUACGGCUGGGCCGCACUAGGAGUGUACCUUGUGCUUUCGGCAGCGGACUUUCCUAUUUGUUUUGCUGCGGUGCGAUUACUUGGUCCUGAGCGCAUAGGACAUUACGAGCAUGUUGUUGUUCAGUAUAUGAAGGAGACUUUUAAGUCUGUUUGGCCUGUUAAGGUUAAUGAGGAUGGGGAGGUGGAGGAAUCUUUGCCGAGGAAUCUUGAGGAAGCUAGCAUUUGGACACAGCUUGCAUUGGCUUAUGCGAUUCACAAGAGCGUUUUUAUAUUUGUUCGAGUUCCGCUCACGGCUGCUGUGACGCCGAAGGUUGUUAAGGUGUUGCGAGGAUGGGGCUGGAAUAUUGGGAAGCGGACGCCUAAGUCUCCUUGA